AUGUCUCUCCCUCUUCUACUUGUAUCAAUCACCUUGAUCUUCCUUGUUUUCAAACUCUAUAAAGGGAUAAGGUUCAAGCUCCCACCAGGUCCAUAUCCAUGGCCCAUCCUAGGAAACCUUGCUCACAUCAAGCCAGUUGGGUGCCGCAAUUUCAAUGAAUGGUCACAAAUUUAUGGUCCAAUCAUGUCUGUGUGGUAUGGUUCAGAUUUGAGCAUAGUUGUGUUAAACUCAAAAUUAGCAAAAGAAGUACUCAAAGAUAAUGAUCACCAAUUAGCAAGUAGGCCCAGGAGAAGUCUAACUGCUAAGGUUGUCAAAGAUGGUAAGGAUCUUAUUUGGGCUGAUUAUGGCCCCCACUAUGUAAAGGUAAGGAAAGUUUGUACCAUGGAGCUCUUCUCUCCUAAGAGCAUUGAAGCUCUUAGGCCCAUUAGAGAAGAUGAAGUUAGAGCUAUGGUUGAAUCAAUUUUUAAGGAUUGCACCAAUCCUGAAGGUUAUGGGAAAAGUCUAAUGGUUAGGAAGUAUUUGGGGUCAGUGGCAUUCAACAAUAUUACAAGACUAGUAUUUGGAGAGAGGUUUGAGAAUGAGGGUGUCAUGGACCAGCAUGGAUUGGAAUUUAAGGCAAUUGUGGAGCAGGAAAGGAAGGUUGGUCAAUCACUUAUUAUAGCUCAUUCGAUAAAGUUGCUAGGAUGGAUUUCAUGGCUUAAAAAAGGAGAAAUUGCCAAGCAUUUGGCACACAAAGAUGCAUUCACUAGGACUAUCAUGGAAAAGCACAUACAAUCAUGCAAUAAAGGUGGUAAACAUUUUGUGGAUACAUUGCUUACUCUUAGAGAAAGAGAUGAACUUAGUGAGGAUACCAUAAUGGGACUACUUGGAGACAUGAUCACAGCAGGCAUGGACACCAUUGCUAUAGUUGCUGAAUGGGCCAUGGCCGAGUUGAUCAAGAACCCGAGGGUCCAACAAAAGGCCCAAGACGAGCUAGACCGCGUAAUUGGGCCCAACCGUGUGAUGACCGAAUCGGACUUGUCAAGUCUCACUUACUUGCAAUGUAUUGCGAAGGAGGCCCUAAGGUUGCACCCUCCAACACCAUUGAUGCUACCCCAUUUGGCUGAUGCCGAUGUCAAGAUUGGUGGCUAUGACAUUCCAAAGGGUUCUCAUGUUCAAGUCAACGUUUGGGCCAUAGGUCGUGACCCAGAGGUUUGGAAAGACCCAUUAGAGUUUAGGCCUGAAAGGUUCCUUGAAGAAGAUGUUGAUAUAAAGGGUCAUGAUUUUAGGUUGCUACCCUUUGGUGCUGGGAGGCGUAUGUGUCCUGCUGCACAACUUAGCAUCAAUUUGGUCAUGUCCAUAUUGGGUCACUUAUUGCAUCAUUUCCACUGGGACCCUCCUGGAGGGGUCCAAUUAGAGGAAAUUGACAUGUUUGAGAGCCCAGGAUUGGUCACUUACAUGAGGACACCGUUGCAAGCUGUUCCUCGUAUUAGGCUAUCACCAAACUUGUACAAGCGUAAGGGUGUGUGUGACUAG